CCACUCUCUUUGUUUCUCGUUGUCUGACGCGGCGGCGUCUGUGUAUGAACGUUCGCGUUAUACCAUGGCUUUUGAGCAGCUGUGAAAAAAAUCAUCGUAUGAUCUCAGCUACAAUCGAGAUUUACCUUUAAUUUGAAUUACUCAAGGAUUAUAGAUUUUAUUAGCCGCUGGCUGGACUGGCCGUACAUGAAAAUGGAUCAGGCGACGAGCCGCUAUCAAGUGCGAGAUCCUCCAAGUCCGCAAGUACCUUCAUCAACAUCACCGACAUGUUGGACAGCUGACGUUGGACUCCCCCUCCCGCCACGCCAUCCAAACCGAGUCCCCGGUCCACAGGCCUGUCUGGGCUUUCAUCUUGAACCCUUACACAAUGAAGACGACCCCUCUGAAGGGUCUGCCAGCGGCGAGCCGUCCACCUUCUCCCAGGCCGCUGCUGCUGUGGGUGGCAUUAGCAACCCCUCGACAACAGAUACAGAAGCCCCGCCUCCUCCUUAUGCCAGUGUGGCCCUGGGAGCAACAGCCGCACCAGAGAGCACAUUUCCGGGGGACUUUCCCGUGCCGCCACCAUACAGCAUAGCCACGUCUCUCCCAACUUACGAUGAGGCAGAGAAGGCAAAAGCAGCAGCCAUGGCUGCUUCAGCGGUGGAUGUAAUUGCACGAGAUGAGGAUUUUCCUGUUCGGGACGACUUCAGUGAUGCUGAUCAGCUGAGGGUCGGAAAUGAUGGAAUCUUUAUGCUGGCCUUCUUCAUGGCCUUUCUCUUCAACUGGAUCGGUUUCUGCUUGUCCUUCUGUUUGACCAACACCAUUGCGGGCCGGUAUGGUGCCAUCUGUGGCUUCGGCCUCUCGCUUAUCAAAUGGAUCCUCAUUGUGCGGUUUUCAGACUAUUUUACUGGAUAUUUCAACGGGCAGUACUGGCUUUGGUGGAUUUUCCUUGUUCUUGGUCUCCUGCUGUUCUUUAGAGGGUUUGUGAAUUAUCUGAAAGUGCGUAACAUGUCAGAGAGUAUGGUGUCUUCACUUCGAACCCGCUUCUUCCUCCUGUACUAGAGGUUGCCUCCUCAAACGUUCCUCCCUAAUGUGAAAUUCCUUGAUGAUUUGCAACCUGUCAAAUGAACUGGACUGGAUCCCACAGAGGGGAAAUGGAGGAAUAGAAAAAGAUGAAAAAAAAAAAAAAAAAAAAGUAUUUUUAGUAUAGACUCUGCUAAAUAUUCUGAACCGAACUCGGUACAAGUGGAAUUGCACUUUGAAAAGUGCAGAUCAAAUAUGUUAAAGGAAUAGUUCACCCAGAAAUGAAAGCUCUGUCAUGUUAUUCCAAAGUCAUUAUGAGUUACUUUCUUCCAUUGAGCACAAGAAGAGAAAUUUUGAAAAAUGUUAACGCUGCUUUUUCCCGUACAAUGAAAGUGAAUGGUGACUGACGGUAACAUUCUGCUGAACAACAUCAUCAGUGUUCCUCAGAAGAAAGUCACAUGGACUUGAAACAACAUGAGGGCGAGUAAAUUAUUUUUGGGUGAGCUUUAAUCAUUUUAAUUAUUUAUUGCUACAUUUGAAAAUCAACAAAAAAUGGAGAUCAAAAAAAGUUCCUCAUAGGUUAAUAUUUCCAUACACUGCAUGCUGAAUAAUGGAUUUAUGUCCUUGGGUCGGACGAACUGCAAAAGAUCACCAGAAAUAUGCAGCAAAGACGUUCUAUGCAAUGCGGUUUACCAAAUUCGGUUAGUCUUAGAUGAAAGAAACUAGACUAGAAUUCUUCACUCAGCUUUGUUGCAUCCAGGGCCUUGGCAAAAUUUUUAUAGCAUUGCAGUAUUAAUAAACCAAUCUAGACUGAGUUUGAUGAUCUCAUAUCUUUAGCUGAGCUAAUAGCGAUGUAAAAUAUAAUUGCACAGUUUUUUUUUUUUUUUCAAGUUGUUUUGCUUAACUGUAUAGUAAUUAAGUAUCUUAAUUGAUGUGUUUCAAACUGGAAAUGGAAUUUGUACUUAUAUGUGUGUGUGUAUAUAUAUAUAUAUAUAUAUAUAUAUGCCUUUUGCACCUCAAUUUUUGUUCCUUUUUUAUGGUUAUCAUUGUUGGUUGUUUUUAAGUUUCGACUUCGCUCAAGCUGUGCGAACUUUAGUUACUUGAAUGCCUGAAUGCUACAGUUAUUUUGUUUCUAUUCCUCACAAGCCUAGCAAUAUUGCAUAUUAAAAGAAAUGCAUGGUUAAUAUGGUUAACUAAUCCAGUUAACAAAACCUGAUUUAGAAAAAUGCAACCUUAUUAAACCAUUAUUAAAUGUAUGUAAAACAACCAAAUCAUUUUUGUUGGAAAACAAAUAUUUGGGAUAUUCUCUGUUUGCCAGAGAUUAUUGUGUGCUGUGUUUAUUCUCUUGUCUUGCAAAAUGCCAAUAAAAUGCUUAAUCCUGUUAA